CGGCUGUUGACAAAACUAAGGGGAAUGUUUCCAUGCAAUGGGAUGGACAUUCUCUUGUGAACACACAAGAAUGGUAUGUCCCAAGUAGGUUCUGGGAAACACUGUUUCUACCAGAUAUUUCUGGACACAGAGAUUCUUUGGUCCCUGAGACUGGAAACCCAGAAUUCUUUGUCCUCUUGAAGUUUAAGGUUAUCCAUUAGCAUAUAAGAAUCCCGGAAAGCUUUGACUCUAAAGAAACCAGUUUAAUUUUAUUCAGUCACAGGUUCCUGAAAUUCCUUGACUCCAGGUGGUUUGUGGGUUGGUUUGUGAAUAUAGCUUACCCCUCCACCCUCCUGGUAGCUCCAGGUCAACUCCUUGGGUAGUUCUGUGCCAGUCAGGAACCAGUGUAGAGAUGGAAGUACUUGGGAAUGAACACAUGCUCUGCCUUAGCACACUGGCUUACUUUUCUGAGCCUGGGGAUGGGAUGAGAAAGCCGUCUCCUGCCUCCUCAGCCACGUUGCUUGACUGUACAUGGCAAGUCAAAGCCAAUGAUCGACGCUUCCACGAACAACCUCAGUUUAUGAACACAGUAUUCUUUUGCAUUAAGGAGAGCAAAUAUGCGAAUAAUGCAAUUAAAACAUACAAGUACAAUGCGUUGACCUUUCUACCAAUGAAUUUGUUUGAGCAGUUUAAGAGAGCGGCCAAUUUCUAUUUCCUGGUCCUUCUCAUCUUACAGGCAAUCCCUCAAAUCUCGACCCUGGCGUGGUACACCACGCUGGUGCCCUUGCUUGUGGUGCUGGGCAUCACGGCCAUCAAAGACCUUGUGGAUGAUGUGGCGCGCCAUAAAAUGGACAAGGAAGUCAACAAUAGGACGUGUGACGUCAUCAAGGAUGGCAGGUUCAAAGUUGCCAAGUGGAAAGACAUUCAAGUCGGAGAUGUCAUUCGCCUGAAAAAAAAUGACUUCAUCCCAGCUGACAUCCUGCUGCUGUCGAGCUCCGAACCUAACAGCCUCUGCUACGUGGAAACGGCCGAACUGGAUGGAGAAACCAACUUAAAGUUCAAAAUGGCACUUGAAAGCACACACCAGUAUCUCCAAGAAGAAAAUUCAUUGGCAACAUUUGAUGGUUUUAUUGAAUGUGAGGAACCGAAUAACCGACUAGAUAAGUUUACAGGAACACUAUUUUGGAAAAACACGAGUUUUCCUUUGGAUGCUGAUAAAAUUUUAUUACGUGGUUGUGUCAUCAGGAACACCGAUUUCUGCCAUGGAUUGGUCAUUUUUGCAGGUGCUGACUCUAAAAUAAUGAAGAAUAGUGGGAAAACCAGAUUUAAAAGAACUAAAAUUGAUUACUUGAUGAACUACAUGGUUUAUACGAUCUUUGUUGUUCUCAUCUUGCUUUCUGCGGGUCUUGCCAUUGGCCAUGCUUACUGGGAAGCUCAAGUUGGCAAUUUUUCCUGGUACCUCUAUGAUGGAGAAGACUCUACGCCCUCCUACCGUGGAUUCCUGAAUUUCUGGGGCUACAUCAUUGUUCUCAACACCCUGGUGCCCAUCUCUCUCUAUGUCAGUGUGGAGGUGAUUCGUCUUGGCCAGAGUUACUUCAUCAACUGGGACCUGCAGAUGUACUAUCCUGAGAAGGACACACCUGCAAAGGCGAGAACCACCACGCUGAAUGAGCAGCUCGGGCAAAUCCAUUACAUCUUCUCUGACAAGACGGGGACCCUCACGCAGAACGUCAUGACCUUUAAGAAGUGCUGCAUCAAUGGGCAAAUUUAUGGAGACCAUCGAGAUGCUUCUCAGAAUAGUCAUAGCAAAAUAGAGCCAGUGGAUUUUAGCUGGAAUGCGUUCGCCGAUGGGAAGCUCGCAUUUUACGACCAUUAUCUCAUUGAGCAGAUCCAGUCAGGGAAGGAGCCGGAGGUGCAGCAGUUCUUCUUCCUGCUGGCCGUGUGCCACACGGUCAUGGUGGACAGGCUCGAUGGUCAACUCAACUACCAGGCAGCCUCUCCUGACGAGGGCGCUCUCGUAAGCGCCGCCAGGAACUUCGGCUUUGUCUUCCUCGCCAGGACCCAGAACACGAUCACCAUCAGUGAGCUGGGCACGGAGAGGACCUACCAUGUUCUUGCCCUUUUAGACUUCAACAGUGACCGGAAGCGGAUGUCUGUAAUUGUAAGAACCCCAGAAGGCAACAUCAGGCUUUACUGUAAGGGUGCCGACACUGUGAUUUAUGAACGGUUACACCAAACGAACCCUAUGAAACAAGAAACGCAGGAUGCCCUGGAUAUCUUUGCCAGUGAGACUCUUAGAACACUGUGCCUUUGCUAUAAGGAAAUUGAAGAAAAAGAAUUUGAAGAAUGGAAUAAAAAGUUUAUGGCUGCCAGUAUAGCCUCAACCAACCGGGAUGAAGCUCUGGAUAAAGUAUAUGAGGAGAUUGAAAAAGAUUUAAUUCUAUUAGGAGCAACAGCUAUUGAAGACAAGCUGCAAGAUGGAGUCCCAGAAACCAUUUCAAAACUUUCAAAAGCUGACAUUAAGAUCUGGGUGCUCACUGGAGACAAAAAGGAAACUGCUGAAAAUAUAGGAUUUGCCUGUGAACUUCUUACUGAAGAUACCACUAUCUGCUACGGGGAAGAUAUCAGUGCUCUUCUUCAUACAAGGCUGGAAAACCAGAGGAACAGAGGGGGAGUCUAUGCAAAAUUCGUACCCCAAGUGUAUGAACCUUUUUUCCCAUCUGGUGGAAACCGUGCCUUAAUAAUCACUGGUUCUUGGUUGAAUGAAAUCCUUCUCGAGAAAAAGUCCAAGAGAAGUAAGAUUCUGAAGCUGAAGUUCCCCAGGACAGAAGAAGAGCGGCGACUGCGGACGCAGAGCGUGAGGAAGCUGGAGGUGAGGAAGGAGCAGCAGCAGCAGAACUUCGUGGACCUGGCCUGCGAGUGCAGCGCGGUCAUCUGCUGCCGCGUCACCCCCAAGCAGAAGGCCAUGGUGGUGGACCUGGUGAAGCGCUACAAGAAGGCCAUCACGCUGGCCAUCGGGGAUGGCGCCAACGACGUCAACAUGAUCAAAACUGCCCACAUCGGUGUUGGAAUAAGUGGACAAGAAGGCAUGCAAGCGGUCAUGUCCAGUGACUAUUCCUUUGCACAGUUCAGAUACCUGCAGAGACUGCUGUUGGUGCAUGGCCGGUGGUCUUACAUAAGGAUGUGCAAGUUCCUGCGAUACUUCUUCUAUAAAAACUUUGCAUUUACUUUGGUUCAUUUCUGGUACUCCUUCUUCAAUGGGUACUCUGCACAGACCGCGUACGAAGACUGGUUCAUCACCCUCUACAACGUGCUCUACUCCAGCCUGCCCGUGCUCCUCAUGGGGCUGCUCGACCAGGACGUGAGCGACAAACUGAGCCUCCGCUUCCCCAGCUUAUACAUGGUGGGACAGAGAGACUUGCUAUUCAACUACAGGAAAUUCUUUGUCAGCUUGCUGCACGGGGCUUUAACCUCGCUGGUCCUCUUCUUCAUACCUUAUGGAGCCUAUACGCAGACCAUGGGGCAGAAUGGAGAGGCGCCCUCGGACUACCAGUCUUUCGCCGUCACGAUUGCCUCUGCUCUCGUAAUAACAGUCAACUUCCAGAUUGGCUUGGAUACUUCUUAUUGGACUUUUGUGAAUGCUUUUUCAAUUUUUGGAAGCAUUGCACUUUAUUUUGGCAUCAUGUUUGACUUUCAUAGUGCUGGGAUACAUGUUCUCUUUCCAUCUGCAUUUCAAUUCACAGGCACAGCUUCAAAUGCUCUGAGACAGCCAUACAUUUGGUUAACCAUCAUCCUGACCGUUGCUGUGUGCCUGCUGCCCGUUGUUGCCAUUCGCUUCUUGUCAAUGACCAUCUGGCCAUCAGAAAGCGAUAAGAUUCAGAAGCACCGGAAGCAGCUAAAAGCCGAAGAGCAGUGGCAGCGGCGCCAGCACGUGUUCCGCCGGGACGUGUCCACGCGGCGCUCGGCCUACGCCUUCUCGCACCAGCGCGGCUACGCCGACCUCAUCUCCUCCGGCCGCAGCAUCCGCAAGAAGCGCUCGCCCCUGGACGGAGUCAUCGCCGACGGGUCGGCGGCGUACAGGCGCACCGUGGAGAGCUGAGGCACCGGCUCCCGGGUGACCUGUAGAACAACAAUCGCAUGAAGGAAACGUCUUUGUCUUUUUUUAAUGAGAGACUGGGAACUCUUUGUAAAAAACUGAACUUGUCACGAGGAUGCCGAAGACAAGAACCUUUUCAGCAAACGACUUGGUUUUGCUGUGGCAAUCGUCCAACCUAAGAAGACCUUUUGAAAAGUCAGAUUAUUCAGAUGCUUAUGUUUCAUUAUGAUUCAAAGUGAACAUUUUAAUCUAGGACAAGAGAAUUUGAAAACGUCUUCUAUUUCAGUUCAAAUGGUAUCGUUUUAUAAAAUUAGUAAGCUCUUCCUGUCUGGGAUCUUUGUCAGGAAUUCCCCAGAGGCUCCUUUUUCUUCCUGGAGUCUACCUUACUAUAACAAAGACCUUAUAAUAGCAAUGACAGAAGACUCAUGAAUGUUCAUCUCCUAAAAGCUAAGUGCUCUUUUUCAGAGUUGAUAACGGGACUGCAUGAUUUCAUGUUCUCAUGUGGAUUUAAUUCAGCCCAAUCAACAAAAAUGACUUCACAUUUCAUAAACACAAGGUCUGAGUCUGUUUCGGUUUACUACCAGGUUAAAAAAGGACAUUACGUGCGUUUACUCUUACUAUUGUAUAUUAUUUCAGCCACUUCCUGUAGAACCAAGUGAGUUUAUUGUCUAUUAUCGAUUUAAAAAAACCAUGCAUUUAAAUAUUUAUGUUUUGUUUUUUUUUAAGCUUUUAAAAACUGAGGGUAUCAGUGAUAAAUGGCAGAAUAUUCUGCAAAGCUUUCUUUUGAAAAGCAAACUUUUGUGCCUGCCUAUGUGUAAAGUGUUUUAUAAGGGACAUAAAACAGACCUCAUUCUUUUCUACUUAAGAGAAAUGGCUGUUGGUAGCCAUAUUCCUAAUAGUGUAUCCUUCUAAAAUUGAAGAUGACUUUGGCAAUUAUGGAAACUGGCCUCCAAGAGGUAAGAGUGAUUUAUCCAGGGGCUUUUCUCAUCCUCUGUGUUUCACACUUUCAUUUUCGCAUUCCAGUGAAGAUACAGAAGUGUCUUCAAUAAUUCUGUUCCUUACCAUUAGGUUGUGAAUGUUCACAAUAUUCAUUCGAGUUCUUUGUGAGGAAAUCGCAGUGUGUAAAUAGCUCAUUGUCCAGGUAUAAGCAAAGAAUGUUUAGCUCUUUAUUUUAUGGACGUAAAUUUCUGGAAGUUUACAACUUUUAUCUUGUAAAUAAACAAAAAAUUGUAAGUUUUUUUUUUUUUUUUUUAAAGAAAAGUUAGCUUGUGUAAUUCUGUCAGUUUCAGAUUUCUCUCCUGUUUUGCGAAUUGUGGGAAAGGUCGACAAUGCAAAUGUGUCAAAGACUUCCAUGGUUGGGUGCAAUAUUAAUUUUAAAAUGCAAAUUGUUUUGGAUAAAUUAUUUCUAUAUUCUGUAAAUCUGAGAUUAAUGUAUAUUUUUGUUUAAAAAAAUAAACUCUUUGGUAAAAUUUUGGGAAGUACAA